AUGGCGGCUCUCCUGCAUGGGGAGGCGCCGCCGUUCGUUCGGCCGUCGAAGACGUUCGCCUCCCUGCUCUCUCAAUCUCCUUCUUCUUCGUCCUCUGGUAUUGGCCAUCUCAGUACAUACAAGGGGGAGCCAUCGUUGGUCAUCUCUCGUCAAGAUAUGAUGCAGAUUGCGGCGCCUUACUCUAACGCGCUAGUCGGCAGGUUUGCCGUAGGCCGUCCGUCCAUGGAGCUUAUUCGCAAAUUUAUUGUUUCUUUGGGGCUGAGGGGUGAGUGCCCGAUUGGUUUAUUAGAUUCCAAGCACAUUCUUUUACGUCCAUCCGAGGAGGAAGAUUACACCAGGCUUUGGUGUCGCAGGUCUUGGUACGUAGGCAAGUUUCAUAUGUCCCUGUCGAAAUGGACAAUUGAUUUUAAACCAGGAGCAGAGUCAUCAAUUGCACCAGUUUGGGUCAAUUUUCCGGGUCUUCCAUUGCCGUUUUUUGAAAAGCAAUUUUUGCUUAAGCUAGGUACCUUACUUGGCCGUCCCUUGAAAGUGGAUGAAGCUACGACUUCACUGAAACGCCCAUCUGUUGCCCGUAUAUUGUUGGAGAUCGAUGUAUUGCAGUCUCCUAAAUCCAGGAUUUGGAUUGGAGAUGAUCAGUGGGAAUCUGUCUGUCAUCGCAAACAUCCGGAAUUGCGGCCGGUGCGCCGUUCUGGACCAUCAGCUACGCCGCACGUCAGACAAGUCUUUCAACCUAAGGGGGUACCUGCUGUUGAUGAAUCUCUUCCUGUUGUGGAUUCUGGGCUUGUGGUAGCCAUGGGGGUAACAGAGCCUGAAAAUGGUAUUUCUGCAAUGGAUGUUGCCAUCCCUGAUAUUCCACCACCGUCUGCUAACUCUAUUAGGGGAAAUUCUCCUCCAGCUAGUGUACCUUUUCCUAUUCCUGUUCUCUCUAAUGCAUCUCGGGGGGCUGAUGCGGAUGCGCAGAAUUUUCUCACCCUUGUUCCCCAAGAAUCUUCUUCUCCGAUUAAGGCUUUAUCGGACAAUAUCCUCUCUUCUGAUGAGGAUGACCGUCUGUUGCCGUCUGCGUCUUUAGUACCGAACCAUGAGCGGACUUCUUAUUCUCUCUCUCCUACACGGCACCACGGUCAUGUUCGACUGGUGCGGUCUAAUUCUGAAGGCCGGUCGGGGGUGAAAGGUCUUUCCUUGGUUGAGCUUAAAAGUUUUCAGGAUCGGCUGCCCAGCAGAAUCCAAGCAUCUAAGCUUUGUUGCGAUCCGGUUGCUACGGGAGUUUCUCUGGAUGAUACUGACUCUCAUUUGCUGCAAAAGUUGAUUCAAGGCCACAAGGGUCGUAGUAGACAGUCCAGGAAACGAGAAGAGGCUAGGUAUUCUUUUGUAGAAGCUGUGGAUCAAUUAGUUCAUAUAUAUUUGUCUUUCCCGUCUGGUUCUUCCAUUAUUAUUUCGGCUGUCUAUGCGAAGUGUAACAGAAUUGGUAGGAGACGGCUAUGGGAGGCUUUGGAGCAAUUUUCUACGUCUAUUACUCUUCCAUGGAUUGCCGUAGGGGACUACAACGUUAUUUCUUGCGCGGAGGAAAGGAUUGGAGGAUCAGCUCCCAAUAUUCGUGAUUUGGAGGAAUUCAACUCUGCUUUACAUCGGAGUGGGCUAUUCCCAGUUCAAUUCGAUGGGUCUGUUUACACAUGGACCAAUGGUCGCAUGUGGCAGCGUCUCGAUCGAGCGGUCGUUAAUGGCGUUUGGGGGGGAAGUACGUCAACUAGGCGCUCUUCAUUCCGGUUUCUUAACGUCUGGCGAGGUCAUUCCAGUUUUCAAACAACAGUGAAGUCUGCGUGGGCUCAGACUGUGUCUGGAGUGGGAAUGCAGAAAUUCUUUAAUAAGUUGCAGGUGGUUAAAAGAGUUUUAUCUCGAUGGAAUGUGGGUGUAUUUGGGAAUGUCUCUCAAAGGGUCCAAGUGGCAGCAGAUAAUUUAUUGGCCAAGGAAAUUUUGUAUGACCAGAAUAGAGAUACGCUGUCGAGGAUGGCAGUUCACGAGGCAAGGGCAGUUCAUUCUCGGGAGCUAGCGUUGGAAUGUGAAUUCUGGAGACAAAAGGCAGCGAUCAAAUGGAUCAAAGAGGGCGACGCUAAUACAUCCUUUUUCCAUGCAGCAGUUAAGCAAAAACGCAGCUCUAAUUUUAUUACACGCAUUAGGGGUAACGGGGACUGUUGGUUUGAUAGUAUUGAUGAUAUUAAGCUGUCGGCGGGUGAUUUUUUCUCCUCUUUGUUCACGGCCGACCGCGUUGCUUGUUCUGGCAGCAGACCGUCUCUUGAUCUGCCCAAGCUUACGCAGGAGGAGAACGACAUGCUGCUGAAAUCACCAUCGGUAGAAGAAGUUCAUACGGUAAUAUGCUCCCUGGACCCUCAGAGUGCUGCGGGCCCUGAUGGGUUUGGAGGGGGCUUUUAUCAAAGUUGCUGGGAGUGUAUCAAGGACGACUUCAUGGAUGCGGUGAAGGAUUUCUUCGCUGGUGCCACAAUGCCUCGUGGGUUUUGA